CGACUGUAUUUUGAAAGACCCAAUCUCAACAGCGGUUCUGGAUGGUGUUCCAAUCACAUAAACGAGGAAUCCUAUAUACAAGUAGAAUUUGAAACCGAAGCGACAGUAGAUUCCGUGUCAAUACAAUGUCGUGGUGACUAUCCACAAUGGGUGAAGACAUUCUACCUAUUAUACAGUAUGGACAAUGUUACCUGGACAAGGGUGAUGUCCUCGGACAACAACCCUGAGUUGUUUACUGGAAAUACGGACGGCAACACUGUUGUGAGACAUAUCAUCAACCCCCACAUCACAGCCAAGUACUUCCGGGUCAACACUAGGAUGUGGCAAAGUCGGCCUUGUCUUAGGUUCGACCUUGGCGGAUGUAAACUUCAACCUAUGGUGUUGAGUCGAUAUGCCCUAGCCUCCCUACCAUCUAUGUCGACCUUGGGUCAGCCCAUCAGCCUACAGCCACCUGACCCCUCCGCCCAUCGCUGUGGUAUCGCCUGUCACAGACAGACUGGCUGUGUGUCCUUCAGGUUCGACGCGACGACCCAAAAUUGUCACGGAUAUACCUCGAUCAGGAAAACGUCUUUCUCCAGACAUGAAAUUCCUUACUACUACAACACAGGUAACUCAUUUUGCUGA